AACUCAUUCAGAUUGAUAAUCUUUACUAUCCUGCUGUGGAGGGUUACGACCAGCAUGAUUUGCGUCAAAAUUUAUCUAUUUUAUCCCCCCCCUGAAUAUCAUGUGGAUUAUUUACGUGAGAAGCAUGUCACGGAGAAGAUUGGUGCUGAGGUUAAAUAUGAGGAAUGCGCAAAUGCACCUAUGGAGCAGUUUGCAAAGACAGGCGAUGACGCUAGGACUUGGCUGCCCCAGCUGUCGGCUCUGGCCAACUCUGGGAUGAAGAUUUUGAUUUGGGCUGGAGAUGCUGAUAUUAACUGCAACUGGCUUGGGAGUCACGCGUCAGUCCUAGCAAUGGAUUGGUAUGGCAAUGAGACGCUCCAUAACACCCCAUUCACCAAUAUGACAAUCAACGGCAUACCUGUUGCAGCCGUGCAGAAUGUUGACAACUUCUCCUUUGCGCGGGUGUACGCUGCGGGACACCUAGUGGUUAGUCGACUCGCCCCAAGAUGACAAUACCUACUGAUGCCACUUAUGUGAUUAUCAGCCUGCUUUCCAGCCCCAAGUAGCAUUGGAGAUUUUCUCGCAGGUUAUUCAAAAGGAACAACUUCACUCAGUCUAAAGAGUGAACUCAAGUAACAGCCUGAGACACCGGCAUCGUGCUGAUGUAUCCUUGGCGUGUUGUAGGGGGGGAUGCUCCUCCUCACUGGCAGGCCCUCGAACUUCCCGCCCGAUCUACGU